CCCCACUCUCUUUCUCUCUCUAAAAUAAGUAGAUCUUUAAAAAAAAUCCAGUUUACAUAUAUAUAUAUAUUAUUUAUAUACAUAUAUAAAGAACAUCUAUGGGGACCGUGGUUAGGGAUGGAAGGAGGAGUGGGAUGCCAGCACUUCUGUAUUUCUGAGGAGCUUUCACAAUCUGCAAAGUGUUCACAAACCUUACCUCACUUGACCCUCUUUAAAAUCCAAGGUAACAUUUAAACUGUGAAGGCAGGACUGGGAGAGAGCUCUGGGAGCUGACAAGCUGGGGCUCCAAAUUUUCAGCUUUCAUUUUUUAACCUUUUUAUUUUCAUUUUUUAAAAAGAUUUUAUUUAUUUGACAGAGAGUGAGAGAACACAAGCAGGGGGAGCAGCAGGCAGAGGGAGAAGCAGGCUCCGGGCUGAGUAGGCAGCCGAACACGUAGGGCUGGAUCCCAGGACCCAGGGAUCAUGACCUGAGCUGAAGGCAGACACUUAACCGACUGAGCAACUGAGGUGUCCCCCCCCCCUUUUGAAGAUUUUAUUUAUUUGAGAGAGAGAACGCGCGGGGAGAGGGAGAGGAAGAAGCCGACUCCCCGCUCCAUCCCAGGACCUGAGAUCGUGAUCCGGGUGGAAGCCAGACCUUAACCCGCUGAGCCACCCGGGGUGCCCCCUUUUCAAGGUUUUUCUGAAUCCUCUCCCAUGUGGUUUCGUAGUUAUGCUUAGAUUUUUUUUUUUGAAUUUCAAAAGUAAUUCAUAAACUCGAGUGUAGGGUUACCACUUAGGGUAGUGCUGGGGACAGCGGCUUUGGAGCUGGCGGACCGCAGCCUGGGCUCCACCCUUCCUUUUGGGAUGACUGAGAGGAUGCAGCUGUGAGACUGGAAAACCAUGAGUCCGGGGUAGUUAUGUUUACAGCAAGAAAGUGCAAAUAUCUUAGCGAAAAGAAAUGCAUAUUCCUUAUGCAAUGUUCCGAACACGUUCACACAGUCUAGUCGCGGGACAGCGACUCUGGAAUUAGAAGAUCACAAGGGACUUGAAGGCCUUAGUAAACCGGAAACUGCUCCACCCACCAGACGACCCUGUGAAGCCAGGGGCGGAGAGUAAGGGGCGGUGCUCGGGCUGGGGCGGUGCCUGCGUCGGCGGCCGCGGCGUAGCUCCGCCCCCGGCGUUGGCGCGAGAUCCGAACGUCCGUGAAGGCCGUUACAGCCCCUCCGUGAGGCGGCGGGAACCGGAGCCGGGCGACUUGUUGGCUGGGUGUCGGCAGCGGCCAUGAGGCGGAGAGGCCCAGAGGAAGAGGCCUGCGGCGUGUGGCUGGACGCGGCGGCGCUGAAGCGGCGGAGAGUGCAGGAAGUUUGUGCCUCUUAAUUCUCUUCACCUGUUUCUUCCGCUCCCCAGCCCCUGCCCCCUCUGACACAUUUAAUGAAGCCAAACACCAAAAUGCUAACACUCUUUCCUGGAGAGAAAAAGGCUAAGAUUUCUUUUACUCAAAGAAUUCCACCUACAGGCAUUCGGCAGACGAGCAUUUCUUCCUUCUUCACCUUGCAGCCAGGAAAGACAAAUGGUGGUGACCAGAGGAGUGUUUCAUCUCAUAUAGAAGGUCAGAUCAACAAUGACUCUAAGAAAGAUGCAACCCAUCUAGAUCAUCCAAUCCAGGGCUUGGAGGACAAUUCCAUGUCACCCCCAUUAGCCACUUCAACCCCCGCAGAUACCCCGGAAGCUGGACUUUCUCCUCAUUCCCUCCAGGCUUCUGACCACCACAGAAUGGGAACUCCAUUUUUGACUAUGCGGUCUUUGCCCCAGCCUGAUGCCUUGGUCUGUGCUGGAAAGAGUGUCUCAUUCUCUUGUUCCUUCACUCAGAACUUGGAAGGUUCUUACUUGCUGGACCAAAAGGAAGGAGAGAAAGACUCUUCCUGGAAAAGGGAAUGGCUUCAUGGAUGUAAGAAAAAAAACUAUCAGGAUGUGGAGAGACGUGUUCAACCACGUGGGGGCAAGGGCCUUGAGCCCUUGCACAAGAUUAAAUUGGAAAAGGUGUCUGCCAAAGAAACCAGGCAGGGCCCCAUCCUCCUUGAAACAUACAGGAAUUCCUGGAAUGGAGAAAACACAGACUCAGUGAAACAAAGCCCUUGUCCUGUCCCUGCAUUUUCCUGGGACAGUGAAAAGAAUGACAAGGACUCCUGGAGUCAGCUUUUCACUGAGGAUUCUCAGGGCCAGCGGGUCAUUGCCCACAACUCUAGAGCUCCUUUCCAAGAUGUAACGAACAAUCAGAAUCGGAGCUUAGGGCAGUUUCAUAAUAGCUCUUGGGCUCAGUGCCAGGAGAGGCCCACUCGGUUAAAUCUGCAGCCUGAUCUGCUCUUUACCCAGGACUCUGAAGGUAAUCAAGUUAUCAGGCACCAAGUCUAAAUGUCUUUACGAUGGUUUGGUUCUGAAAGUACCUUGAGAUGACAGAGCUAUAGGAAAAUAUUGGGACAGGGGAGGGAGGCAAGGGAUGAAGUUAUUGAGCAUUUUCUUUGUGUAAAUAAAGCAGGUGGUGCCACUUGUUGAGACCGUAUGAUUGGCAUCAUGCCUCUCCCCGAGGAAGAGGUGGCUGGUAACCUUGUACAAGUCUGUGAUGAGCACUAAGGAGGUAGGGCAGGUAUUUAUCCCUCCACCAAAGAACCCUUACUCAGGUGCAAAGCUACCUCUUUGCCCUUUCAGAUGCCUGAGUAGGACAUUGCUUCUUUGGAUGUGUGUUCUUCUAAUCUUCCCCGUUAUCUUACCGAUGCAACCUUGGGACCCUCAUUCCUGACACCUUUUUGAGUGAUAAGGCACACCUCCAGGGGUCCAGAGGUAUCCUCCAGGGAGGAUAGAGAGAUAAGUAGAAAGUAGAAUGAUGGUAGGGUGUUUUUGUUUUAAAGUAUGCUCCAUGCCCAGUGUGGAGCCCAAUCCCGGCUUGAAUUCAUGACCCUGAGAUCAAGACCUGAGCUGAGAAGGAGUCGGAUGCUUAACCAACUGAGCCAGUCAAGCACCCCAAAGGUAGAGUUUUUUUUUUUAAACUGUUAUUUUAUUUUUGUGGGGACUUCACAGCAUUUUAAAGUCUUAUAUUCUAUGUUUAAACAUCUCCCUAAAAAAAAGCCUAUGCUGGGGCGCCUGGGUCAAUCACUUGGUUAAGCAUCUGCCUUCAUCUAAGGUCAUCAUUUCAGGGUCUUGGGAUUGAGCCCUGCAUAGGGCUCCGUGCUCAGGAGGGAGUCUGC